GUCGCUUAGAUCUUCGGAACCAUCUCCUUCCUCCUGUCACUCUCCCUCCGUCCCUUUCAAAAAACCCCCAAAAUAAACAUUUUCUCUCUCCUCGAUUCCAAGCGACAACGCGUACGCUAGAAGCUACUACUACUCUCUCUCUCUCUCUCUCUCAUCGCUUUUCUCUACGAUUAGGGCUCGCGUUCGAUCAUUUUUUGUGGAAUUCUAGGGUUUAAGGCUCCGAUGAAAGGGGAACCGGGGAUGAAUCGGGAUCGGGAUCGAUCGAGCGAUGCAGAUCCGCUGCUUGAUAAAACGAGCCUGCUGGAUUCGGGAGAGGCGAGCGCGAGCGAGAUAAAAGAUGAUGAGGAGGUCGAGUCGCCGUCGGCGGCCUGCUGCAGGAUUUGCCUCGAAUGCGAAUGCGAGCCAGGUGAUGAGUUAAUAUCUCCAUGCAUGUGCAAGGGCACACAACAGUUUGUUCACCGUUCAUGCCUUGAUCAUUGGCGUUCCGUGAAGGAAGGGUUUGCUUUCUCCCAUUGUACAACUUGUAAAGCACAAUUCCAUCUUCGACUGGAACAACUGGAGGAUUACUCAUGGCGGCAAAUGAAGUUUCGUAUUUUUGUAGCUAGAGAUGUCCUACUUGUAUUUCUGGCUGUGCAGACCGCAAUUGCUGCUAUUGGUCUUUGUGCAUAUUUCUUGGACAAAAAUGGGAGUUUCAGAAAUUCUUUUGGUGAUGGUUGGGACCGCAUAUUGUCAAAGCAUCCAAUACCCUUCUACUAUUGCUUAGGGGUGUUGGUAUUUUUCAUGCUGCUCGGCUUCUUUGGGCUGAUACUGCAUUGCGCUUCCAUCAGUAAUGACGAUCCUUGCAUGGCUGGGUGCCGUAAUUGCUGUUAUGGAUGGGGUAUCCUUGACUGUUUCCCUGCUUCCAUGGAGGCUUGCUUCGCUAUUAUCCUCAUAUUUGUUAUCAUAUUUGCCAUCCUCGGCAUUGCAUAUGGUUUCCUUGCAGCAACCAUGGCCAUCCAGAGGAUCUGGCAGAGACAUUACCAUAUCCUCACAAAGAGGGAGCUUACAAAGGAAUAUGUGGUAGAGGAUUUACAUGGAUGUUACACACCACCAAAGCUGGACCAAGAGCAUGAAGAGCGCCUGAAACUGCUUAAUCUUCUUUAAAGAUUGCAAGAGCUGAGCACCGUUGAUUGUGCAGAUCCGCUGGAUAAUAGAUGGAGCUAAACGAAAAAAGGACAGCUACUAGUAACUCCAGCUUCUAAAUGCAACAUGAAGCAUGAAUCUUCUGAGGAGUCUGUGAGAAUGUUUGUGUGAAGAGUGUGAAUGAUGCAAGGGUUUUGGAUUCUAAACAAGUCAAUAUGUACAGGAUGUCCUAGCAUAAAGGACGUGAAUGUGAAAAUGGGCGAAGAAAAAAAAUUGUAUAUGGGGGGUGUGACUAGGUGUUGACUGCAAUUCUGCGUUUAAAUUACGUGCAAUGUGUAAAUGUGUUGGACAUCUCUUCGGUAUUAUGUUUAUGUCUUGUUAAUAUCCGUUGCCUUUGUGUGUUAGAGGGGAAAAAAGAGGAAGGAAAUAUGUUGAUGUAUUUGGCUUUGAUGGAGUGUACAAUGAUAGAUUGCAUUAAGGGCAUAUAAAUUUAUUGUUCAA